GAUCUGGCGUUGACAACGCACAACACUAGAAAAAAAACUUUUCUUUCCCAAAAAACAAAUUUUAAAUUUUUAUUCUCAAAUAAUUCAAAAACUAAAAUGGAAAAGUGGAUUCAAGAUCGUCUAUCUACUUGUUUAGAUUUUGAAGUUCCAGAUGAUAUGAUCAAGUAUAUCAUGACUUUGAAAUCCUCGGAAGAGUUCGAUGAAUAUUUCGCAAGUUUAUUAAAUCCUGAUUAUGAAGAACAUCGUAUUUUUAUGGUUGAUUGCAAACAAAGGCUAUUCAGCAAAGCUAUUCCCAAUAAAAAAGCCCCUAAUCAAAACCAACAGCAAACAAAAAAUCAAAUUGCCAAUAAGAAACAAGAAAGAACCACAUCUGUCUCUCAAUCGGGGAUUGAAAAUGCUGGCGGAAAGAAGAAAAAUAAAUUUGUCAAUUUAUUUUCGAAUGAUGGCAAAGUUCCAAACACAAUUAUGCUCAAGGGACGUCGUCCGUGUGUUUGCGAAGCCACCGAGCAUAAAUUGGUUAAUAAUUGUUUGGGUUGCGGUCGGAUUGUUUGCGAACAAGAAGGCAGUGGACCAUGUCUCUUCUGUGGAGAAUUGGUUUGUUCAAAUGAAGAAAUGCUAUUGAUCAAAUCUUCUACCAAAAAAGGUGAUCAUUUGAAAAAGACUUUGCAGGAAAAAGGUGGCGGUGAAGGUUUAAGAAAAGCACUCGAACAACGAGAUCGACUAUUGGAGUAUGAUCGUAAUGGCGAAAAGAGAACCGAAGUCAUUGAUGAUGAGUCAGAUUAUUUCCAAGAAAACUCUGUCUGGCUUUCCGAUGCCGAGCGACAAAAAUUCGAACGUCUUAAACAGGAAAUGCACGAACGGAAACAUGCCAAUCGUUCAUCGAGAAGAGUUAAAAUGGAUUUGUUUGGUCGUGAAAUCGAAGAAGAUCCCAUCCCAGAAGAAUAUGAACAACAGGUUCGAAAAGAAAUCGCAGAUACUAUAUCCAAACAAACAGAUAGCUGGUCUAAUCGAAAAUAUGAACGAUCUAUAGACGACAGUGAUAUAUCAGAUCCCAGAAAUGAAGGGCCCAAACCAGUCUACACACGUGUUGGGCCACACACCCACAGUACACAUGGUAUGGAAAAUGUUGAUAUGGCUUACAAUCGUGUCCAGGACAAAGAACUAAUGGAAAUGCAAGAUAUGCGUAGGUGUAUGUCAAUGCAUCAACCUUAUGCAUCACUCUUGGUUUCUGGAAUUAAAAAACACGAAGGUAGAACAUGGUAUUCCAGUCAUCGCGGUCGAUUAUGGAUUGCUUCGACUGCUAAAGAACCUAGUCGAGAGGAAAUAAGUGAAGUUGAAGAUUUUUAUAAAAAGCAUUACAAAGAUGAUUCCAUUAAAUUUCCAUCACAAUACCAAUCGGCUUGCUUGUUGGGCAGUGUUCUUGUUCAAGAUGUUCUAACACAAGAAGAAUAUAGAAAAAAAUAUCCCGAUGGAGAAUCAGAAAGUCCUUAUGUAUUUAUUUGUACAAAUCCACAAGUUCUUCCUGUUGUCUUUCCAAAUAAGGGUUCGCACAAAAUUUAUCAAAUUGAACCGAAAAUUCAUAGAGCAGCUUCUUUGGCCUUACUACGUGCGAAUAGUUCAGCAGCAGCUUAAUGUUAGAGUUUAUAAAAUAUCUAAUGAUUUUUAAAUUUGUAUUAUGUACUUGAAGUAUCUUUAUAAAUGAAUUUGUUAUGCAUUAUAAGCUCUCAUUUUUUGGUUUAAACUUUAAUAUCCCGAAUUUAAUAAAAGCCAAAAUGAGCCAAAUAUAAU